UGAAUUGCACUCGAUGUGCAGCUAGUGUUGCCAACUAACGUAUACGGUGCCUCGCAUUCGAAAAUAUUAAGGUCUUGCAAUAUCGAUCUAUUUCUACAUGAAAGCAGCAUAGGGAUUUACGUGCGCAAUAUAUUUUCGCCUGUGGGUUUGCUUUGAGCAAUUUUUCAGAAUAAUAAUUCAUUAGAUUGUUUCUUAUUGAUUAUGCCGAUCUUCGGCUGGAAUGCAAUGCUGCUCAGAGUGCAAGCGCUGCUGUAUCUGUGCGGGUUAAUUUGUCCAGCAGUGCUUGCGGUAGCGGUGGAUCCACAGCCCGAUGACGACCAGAAUAGGGACAUAACAUUCCAGCAAGACCUGCAGUGUCUGCGUGACCAAUCUUAUAACUCCUUGAGCACAGAGGAGAAGAUUAUCGCCAUGCAAAAAUGCUUCCCAUUUUUAAGGGACGUGCCUGAAGGAGAGGCGAAGCGUUCCAAAAAGCUGGAAAAGCGCUUUAUAGAUAUAGAGCAGAGUAUAAUACAAGGAUAUCCACGCUUCACACUGAACGCUGCUGAUUGUGAGGUGAACAAGUUCCUGAAUGGAAAGCUGGACUUCUGGGACAAUUUGUGGAUGAGACUGCGGAAACUCUGCGAUAGUGGGCCCAUUCUCGGAAUGCCCAAUGCUUUUGCGGCAGUCAUGUUUGUCGUCGGGGCAGGGGGAGUGGUGUAUGGACUUCUGGUGGUCUACUGUAACCCUCAGCCAAAGCACAUUGUUUUCAUGAUGAUUGUCAUGGCUGUCAUCGUCCCCGGCAGCGUGUAUCUGUUGGUGGCCCCCAUACUGCAUGUCAAACGGAUUAUUAAGGAGGAGCUUUAAUUAGCAAAUGAUUUCAUGUUCAUUUUCCUCGCAGUUUUUAGUGAACGAAAACAGGCAUUAAAAUAAAAAAGCAUUCUCUUAUUAGUGCACUUCACCAAGAGCAUUCAUCUGGGAAAAAUCUCGACAACAAAAAGGUCAUCGGUGCAGUUACACGUACUUUUGCAAUAAGCCUGAUUCUUAUA